CGCCUGGUACCGGCCCGCUCGUGCCCCUUCCCCCUCCCGCCGCUUCCCACUUCCAAGAUGGCCGCGGGUGGAGCCGACCAGUUUCUUCUUGGACCAAGAUGACUGAUGGAAACCUGUCCACCUCUACAAAUGGCGUAGCCUUGAUGGGCAUUCUGGAUGGUCGAUCAGGAAACCACAUUCAGAACCUGCAACACUUGAAUCUCAAGGCGCCCAGAUCCCUCUCGUUGCCUGAGUAUGGGCCCAAGCUGAAACUUGGUGCUUUAGAAGAUCAGCACAGCCUUAAGUCGGUGGACUCAGGCAUUCCUACCCUAGAGAUUAGCAACCCGGAACCUGUACCCUGCAGCGUGGUCCAUGUGAAGAGGAAACAGUCUGAGUCGGACAUAGUGCCUGAGCGGGCCUGCCAGAGCGCAUGCCCGCUGCCAUCCUACGCACCACCAGCUCCCACCAGUGCUGAGCGGGAGCAGAGUGUGCGGAAGUCCUCCACGUUUCCCAGGACAGGCUAUGAUUCAGUGAAGCUCUACAGCCCCACCUCCAAAGCCCUGAACCGCAGUGACGAUGUCUCCGUCUGCAGCGUGUCCAGUCUUGGCACAGAGCUGUCAACCACACUGUCCGUCAGCAAUGAGGACAUCUUGGACCUCAUGGUCACGAGCAGCUCCAGUGCCAUUGUGACCCUGGAGAAUGACGAUGACCCACAGUUUACUGACGUUACCUUGAGUUCCAUCAAGGAAACCCGCGACUUACACCAGCAGGACUGUGUUGAUGCAACUGAGGAGGGGAAUAAACUGAAAAUAUUGGGACCAUUUAGUAACUUCUUUACAAGGAAUUUGCUUGCUAGAAAACAAAAUGCAAGACUUGACAGACAAAGUGACUUGGGAUGGAAACUAUUUGGAAAAGUACCGCUCCGAGAGAAUGUUCAGAAAGAUUCAAAGAAAAUACAAAAGGAAUAUGAAGACAAGGCUGGACGACCUAGCAAGCCACCCUCUCCAAAGCAGAAUGUGAGGAAGAAUCUUGAUUUUGAGCCACUUUCCACCACUGCACUCAUCCUGGAGGACAGACCAGCAAAUCUCCCGGCUAAACCAGCUGAAGAAGCUCAGAAACACAGACAGCAGUAUGAAGAAAUGGUGGUUCAGGCCAAAAAACGAGAGCUAAAAGAAGCUCAGCGGAGGAAAAAGCAGCUGGAAGAAAGAUGCAGAUUAGAAGAAAGCAUUGGAAAUGCUGUCCUUACUUGGAAUAAUGAGAUUUUGCCUAACUGGGAAACAAUGUGGUGCUCUAGAAAAGUUCGAGAUUUAUGGUGGCAGGGAAUCCCUCCCAGUGUGAGAGGCAAAGUCUGGACCUUAGCCAUUGGCAACGAGUUAAACAUCACCCACGAACUCUUUGACAUCUGUCUUGCCCGAGCCAAGGAGAGGUGGCGGUCCUUUAGCACAGGAGGCUCUGAAGUGGAGAAUGAAGAUGCCGGUUUUUCAGCAGCAGACAGAGAAGCCAGUCUGGAGCUUAUUAAACUGGACAUUUCUAGAACGUUUCCUAAUCUCUGCAUUUUCCAACAAGGUGGUCCAUAUCAUGACAUGUUGCACAGCAUUUUGGGCGCUUAUACUUGUUACCGACCGGAUGUGGGUUAUGUUCAGGGCAUGUCUUUCAUAGCUGCAGUGUUGAUCUUGAACUUGGAUACUGCAGAUGCCUUCAUUGCUUUUUCUAAUCUUUUGAAUAAACCCUGUCAAAUGGCGUUUUUCCGAGUGGACCAUGGCCUUAUGUUGACUUAUUUUGCUGCAUUUGAGGUAUUCUUUGAAGAAAAUUUGCCGAAAUUAUUUGCUCAUUUCAAGAAAAACAACUUAACUCCAGACAUCUACCUAAUUGAUUGGAUCUUUACCUUAUAUAGUAAAUCUUUGCCCCUUGAUCUGGCCUGUCGUAUAUGGGAUGUGUUCUGUCGUGAUGGGGAAGAGUUUCUGUUCCGCACGGCCCUGGGCAUCCUGAAGCUGUUCGAGGACAUCCUGACCAAGAUGGACUUCAUUCACAUAGCCCAGUUCCUGACGAGGCUGCCUGAAGACCUGCCUGCAGAAGAAUUCUUUGCUUCCAUUGCUACAAUUCAGAUGCAAAGUCGAAACAAGAAGUGGGCUCAGGUACUGACUGCAUUGCAGAAGGACAGCCGGGAAAUGGAGAAAGGAAGCCCAUCUCUCAGACACUGAGGCGGCAGGUGGACUUGUGCUCGGCACCAAAGCAGAUCUCCAUGCAGCACCUGUGUUGUUCCAGAUGGACAUGCUGGCAGCUGAGAAGAACAGGGGCUAUUUUCAUGUUUGAUUCCUAACAUUGGAGUUGGCCUUAAACAAAACAAACAAACAAACUUUUAAAGAAUUAAACCAAGGCUUAGCCUUAAGAAGCUCAGUGGAGUGAUGACCUAGUGCUGACCAUGGCCAACCACUGCGUAUUCUGCAUGGUUUAAAAAUAGGGCGGUGGCUCAUUCCCCUCCACCCCCUUAUUUCAGCAAAAGUUAAUUAAAUUGUAAUGCUUCUACGUCAGCUACUGGAAGGAACAUUACACUGUUCCUUGGUGCAUGGGAAAUGUUAUUUGGGAGACCUCAGAGAUGUCAUUGGCUCAUAUUUGCAUAUUUUAGGCAAGAAAGGGAUGGCUGAUUUAGUUAUUGAGAUAAUCUUUUCAAAGCUUGAGGUCGUGUUUUUAAAGCCCACCUACCAAUGAUAACAUUAAAAGAAAAUGGGCUCUCGUAGGAUAGUCGCCGAUGAGUGCUCAUGGGCUCCCCGGGCCUCAACCUGACCUUCAGGUUGAUGUUUUACUGUGUUGCCCUAAUAAGAUUACAGCACGAGGGCUGAAAAUGCACCCUUAUGUUCCAGUGGGAACCCUGCUUCCCAGAGAUUGCUCCCUACAUCUAUUGAGCAGGAAGAACUGUUGGCACAGAAGGCCUGUGACAGUCGAGACAGGCUUAAGAGCUGAUGGAAAACAGAAUGGAAACAGCCUCCCUUUAAGUCAAAGGGGAGGGAAAGAGGAUGUUAAGACCUGCCUACUCCUGUACCCUACUCAUUCUUUGGAGGCCAGGGAACAACACAGCUGGGGGAAGCUCCUGCCUUGCUCUGAUGGAAUGCUCCUCUUUCCUUUGUCACCUGAACGGCAGGAUCCGUCCUGAGUGCCAGUGAUGACCUCCUCACGCAUUGAGCAUGAAGACAGACAGUUGUAAGGACUGAGGACUGAGCAACACACACCCAACAGCCCAGACGGUCUUGACAGAAUCCUCAAUAUCCGUAGUAUCAGCCUUUCCCCGUUUUAGCUGGUUUUCCCCAAGUUCAUUAGCAACUUUGUUCUAACUUUUCCUUGACUAAUUUUGGUAACUUUAUAUUAAGAACUUUGGUUAUCCAAAUUCAAGGAAAUGAACAGUGUUUGCACAGACUAGUCCAAAAGACAGGCAAAUCUCUGUGGAGACGGGUUCGCACGUGUAACCUGUUGGCGUGUUGGUCUCUGUGAGUGCCGGGGAGACCAGGUUCUGGGGCACUGUUAGUUGUAUGGUAAGUGCUGUGGUGUAGUCUGGCACUCUCCAGCCCUUCUCAGCCAUACUUCUCACCCCAGGGAGCGUCCCACGGUUGAUCUCAUUUCUGAUUUGGGAGCGCCCUCGGCUCUGAGAGUUUAGCAUACAACAAGAAGACAUGGGGUGGGGGAUAAAGCCUAAUACGGCAUUAUUUUUAUAGGUUUUCUAUAUCUGCCAUGUCCACUGAUGACACUUCUAGGUGCAAUAGCAAGUUGCUGAGCCAGUGGCCAUCCUCAUGCCUUCCAUCCCAGCUCUGUUCCUUGUGUUGUUUUUCUUAGAAUUGCCUUUUUCACCUCAUAUUCUUAACUGAAUUCUCCAGGGAGGUUGCAGAACAUCAUGGGUAACACCUUCUGCCUCAGCCUUUAAACGCUGACUUGCCUGACCUCUUGGAGGAGGCGUUCUGUCUUCACCGAGGUCUCAGCACCUUCCAGACGCAGCCAUUCCCUGACAUCACAAAGCUGAAUGUAACCCAGACUGAGCCAGGCCUGGGAGACGGGCUGCUGAGCCCCAUCACACCAUUCCUCGCCCGUGGACUUUGUUUUGUUCCAUGACUUUCUGUUCUUAAAAGAUGUAUAUAUUUUCUUACUGUACAUACAGAUGUUCCUUAAGUCAUGACAGAAAGCAGUGUGACAAGGGGCGGUGUGCAGUUCCUUCAGAAUGCAUUUGUGGAACUUCACGUGUAGUCAAAACCCAGCCCUAGCGUUUUUGUCCAACAGUUUGACCUAAAUCUUUUUGAAUAGCACCAUUUAUGCAUUAAGCUUUUAAACAAGAUUCCAUGCCCAUCCGGAAUACCUACCAAAUCUUUAAUUCAGAACAGGUUUUCCUGACCUGUUCAGGGACCACAUGAGGUCUUGCUGGUUUGAUGCUUCUGCUUCAGAGGCCGGGAAGUCCUAAGUCCCUGUCCAGGGUCACGUGGCCCCUUUCCACAGAGCGUUGUGCUUCUCUGUGUGACGUUAUCGUUUAGGAAAACUGGAAUCAGAAAUGGAAAUGCCGCACCCCUCGCGAGUCUGCGCUUUCCCCUUCCCAGGCCAUUGCUUUCAGAAUCCAGGACUUCAGGUUCAGGACCUCUGUGGAACUGGCACUUUAGAGUCAAGAGCUGCGUCCCCACUCGUCCUUGAAAUCUCAUCUAGAAACAAUGUUCACUUGAAAAGGUACUUUUUAACUGCUCAGUUUUUGACUAUUUUAAAUAGUUUGCUGAUAGAAAACUCCUCAUAACACUUGCUACAUAUCAUGUUUUAAUUGCUUGUACAGUUAACCUUUAAUUUUAUUUAGUAAACUAUCAAAUUAGGACUUUUUGAAUUGUAAAUAUGUGGUUUUAUUAAAUAAAAGUCAUGUAAAAUUGUUA